AUGUUAGAUGCGUUGGCAAAUGGCACUUUGCUCGACAAAUCACCUGAGGAAUCCUUUGAUAUCCUCGAUUGGAUAGCCAAUAUUGACUAUCAAUUUCCAUUUGCAAGACUUGGGACUGACAAAAGAAUAUCUAAGGCAUAUGAACUUGACAGUAAGAAUUCAGUUUCUGCCCAACUUUAUGCUAUAACUAACAUGCUUAAAAAUUUGCAGCGUUCUAGUGAGGAAUUUAUGGCCUCAUCAAAAGAUUUUAUGGCUUCAACAAAGACCAUGAUACAGGAAAACUCAUCAACAAUCAAGAAUCAAGGAAAUCUAUUACAAAGCCAAUCAGCUCUAUUACAAAGCCACAGCUCAUCGUUGAGGGCAUUGGAGAAUCAAGUGGGACAAAUUGCCAUGGCAUUACAUUCGCGCCCACAAGGAAGUCUCCCUAGCGACACUCAGGUCACUACGCCUCAAGGAAAGGAGCAAUGCAGUGCGCUCACGUUGAGGAGUGCUAAGGAGAAGGAAAGGAAUGAGGGUUCGACAAGUCAACAUACUAAUAGUGAAAAAUUAUUUGCCAAGGAAAAAGUUGCUUCACCACCUGUAGAGAAUAAAGUUAGACCUCCGCCACCUUUCCCUCAGUGGUUGAAGAAACAUAAUGACGAGAAUCAUUUCAAAAGAUUUGUUGAUGUCCUUGAUCAGUUGCAUAUCAAUGUUCCAUUACUUGGAGCCAUUGAGAAGAUGCCUUCCUAUGCCAAAUUCCUGAAAGACAUUGUCACAAAGAAGAGAAAGGUGGAAAGAAUGGAAAAUGUAGCCACGACAACAGAAGGUUGUUCGCCAAUGAGUAAAAAUCCUCUAAAACAAAAAGAUCCUGGUCGCUUUAUUAUACCAUGUUCCAUUAGUGAUACAUAUGUUGAAAGAGCUCUUUACGACUUGGGGUCAAACAUAAAUCUGAUGCCCGAUUCCAUCUUUUUGAAAAUUGGAAUGGGUAAUGCUCGACUAACCACUGUGACUUUACAACUAGCUGAUCGAUCACAUGUUUGUCCCGAAGGCAGAAUUGAAGAUGUAAUUGUUAUUGUGGACAAGUUUGUCUUCCCAGUUGAUUUUCUCAUUUUAGACUGUGAAGCCAAUGAAAAUGCCCCUAUUAUCCUUGGACGUCCAUUCUUAGCUACAAGGCGUAUUCUAAUAGAUUGUGCGAAGGGAGAGUUCACGAUGAGGGUGGCUGAUCAAAUCAUCAUAAUCAAUGUCUUCAACACUCUUAAAUACAUUGAUGAUUUUAAAGAAUGCCAUUACAUUGAAGACAUUAAUUCAUUGGACGAAGCUGGAACAGAAAAUUAUGGUCAAGGGAACUUUUCACAUCUUAAUGAGUUAACAAAUUUUGCAAAGACUGUAAAAUUUUUGGCCAAGAUGAUGUUUUACAAUAUCAGGAACACAACACUUGUUAUCACGCAAAAUUUUUUCUGA